CUCUUUUAUAGACAGGCGCCAAGAUAUGUGCAUCUAGGAGGUUUUUUUCCCGUGUUACAUUUACCUUGAAUCUAUUUGAUCAGCAAAUAACAGACAAAAUCAUUAGGCAAAUCUAAUUCAUGUCAGUACCGGUAGAAGUUUCAAUUCGGCAAGUUCCACACCAAACUUUGCCAUCCGAGAAAAUUCAAUAUGCCAGUACCAAAUCGGCUGGUACUGGCGAUUGUGGGGCUGAUUCUGGUAGGAGCAUUCGUAAGUGUCGCUCUGUUGCUUAGGACUUUCAAAAGUGUUGCUGGAUCCGGUUCGAAUUCUGUAGCGGGCAAUAAAGCUCGCUACGACCACUUCCGGGUGAUUCGUGUGAAGUUGGAAACGGAACGGCAGGUUUUGAUUAUGCAGGAACUGGCAAAUCGUAGCGAUGGCUAUGAAUUUAUCGGUUAUCCUAGAAACCUGAACCAAACCCUGACCAUCAUUAUGGGGUCUCACAAGAUUGCCGAAAUGGUCGAUUUGAUGGAUCGAUUUAAAAUCGAAGGCACUGUUCUGCUGAACAACAUUCAAGAGUUGAUUGAUCGGGAACAGCUCACUAUGAAAGCCGAAGAAACUCCCCCGGAACAGUUCGAUUGGACCCAUUACUUCCAUUUGAAAACGAUCUACCAGUGGCUGGACCUGUUGCUUUCCAAAUACCCAUUCCUAACAAACAUCUCACUUGGAGCGAGCUACGAGAGCAAUCUAAUUAAAGGCAUUAAACUUUCCAAGAAGGAGGGAAACACCGCAGUAUUUGUAGAGUGCGGAAUCCAUGCCCGGGAGUGGAUUGGUCCCGCCGUUUGCACUUACCUACUGAACGAACUGUUGACAUCUAACGUUUCGGAAGUACGGAACCUGGCUGACAAUUUCGAUUGGUUCUUUUUUCCGGUGGUCAACCCGGAUGGCUACAAGUAUUCCUUUGAGUCCGAUAGGCUGUGGCGCAAAAACCGAAAACCGCAUGGCCUAUGUCAAGGUGUGGAUCUCAAUAGAAAUUUCGCCAGCAAUUGGAACAGCAGCGGUGCCAGCUCGGAUCCUUGCGCCAAUAACUUUGCCGGCGACGUGGAAGCUAGUGAACUGGAAACGCAAGCGAUUCAAAAGUUCCUCAAAGAAAACGUUGGGCCCAGUCGAAUAAGGACCUAUUUUUCGAUGCACUCGUUUUCGCAGCUUAUCAUGUUCCCUUACGCAUUCACAUCGGAAAAAGUGUUCAAUUAUGAAGACUUAAAGGCCAUCGGCGAGAGUGGUUCGAAUGCCAUCCUACGAAAAAACGGACAAAAAUAUAUUUCCGGAGCAAUGAGUGAAACAAUCUAUCCUUUUUCCGGUGACAGUGUGGAUUGGGUGUAUGUCGAAUGUGGAGUUCCGGUUGCUUACACUUUUGAGCUCCGAGGACCUUCUAACAGUACCAACCUGUUUGUGCUGCCAGCUGACGAGAUUAUUCCAACUGGGCAAGAAAUCCUGGCAGCUUACAUCGCAAUGUUGAACACCGCUAGAGAUUUAGGCUAUUAUUCAAAUAAAUUCAGAUAAACAAGAACAGUUGAGGAAUUAUGAAGUUUUCAAGCAAUAAAAUUAUCUA